GGAACAGCGUCUGGCAACACUGCCUCGUGCUAGUUUAGCUUAUUCCAUUAUAAAUAUCUGAGUGCUUGUUCUAUUAUAAUUUACAAGUGCUAGACGCUCGUAAUUAUUUCCUCUGCCUGCGACCCAGUUUAUUAAAUAUCCAAAUAUUAAAAUGAACACCGAAGCAGCCAAGGCGGCCGCCAGCCAAGAAAAGAUUGUCGCACAAUUCCAACAGCUGCGAAGCGAGCAAAGAAAUUUGGCCAAUAGCCUUAACACGCUCGAAAUGGAUUUGCGAGAGCACAAAACUGUGAUAGAAACCCUCCAAUCAGCCGAUCCGGAGCGCAAAUGUUUCCGUCUUAUUGGCGGUGUGCUAUGCGAACGCACAGUUAAGGAUGUAUUGCCACAGCUGGUCGAGAACAAGGAUUUCAUUGCCAAGACCAUCACCAUAGUCACCGAUGAUCUGAGCAAAAAGGGAAUCGAGCUAAAUAAAUUCAAAGAGGAGCAUAAUAUUAAGAUCCGCGGCGAACAUCUGGGUGCCGAUGGCGCACCGGGCAGCAAAUCAUCAGAUUCGGAAGGGGCAUCCAAAUCGGAGAAUCGCAAUGUUCUGGUCUCAAACUAAAAGGACGAGCCGGCCGAAGUGUCAAAGAUGGAUUGAAAGAUAAAUUCAAAUGUUGAAUGUCAAAUCAUUUUUUUUUAGUUCUAUAACACAUUACUCGCGCUCUCAUCCAUACAUACAGCACUCUCACUCACACAAAAUCUACAGCCCCCACAAUAAGAAAAAAAAAAAAGAAAAGAAAACGCC